AUGCGUAAUGUGCCUCGGAUCGCGAAUGAACAUUUUAGGGGGUUGAGGUACGCCCCGCGUACCCUUGUGUUAUGCCCCGCGUACAUAAGCGACCAGCACAAGCAAACGGACCAGGACACAGAAUCGCAAGCCUGGACGUAUGUCCAGCGUACGCUGGAUAUAAUGGAUCGAAGGACGCAAAGAACCAACCCACCCGAGGAUGUGAUCGAUCAUCGUUUUUUACAAUUUUCGCAAACGCUGAAGGAUGCUACCCGGGCGCGUUAUGUCACCAACUUGAGUUUGCUUCUCACCAAAGAGAUUGAUAUAGCACCAUCAUUCGAUUGGGAAUUGGCUACCAAGACUGGACUAGCUGCAUUGAUCCAGGGAUUUUUGCAAUACACGCACUCGGACGCGAGUGGUGUGGAUUUGUUUGUGUGCCAGGGAUGGGCGCGUUUGUUCAGGAUCCAGGAUCCUGUAUAUCGGGAGUUUUUGCUGGAGUUCUAUGCUACAGUUUCCUAUGAUCCUAGGAAGGCAAUCGAUGAUAGGACAGCCUUUGCUUUCAGACUGGGAGGAGUGAACCGGGAAUGCAGUGUGAUAGAGCUUGCGACUCGGGUGGGUAUUUACACAGCGGAUGAGAUGAGGAGUGUCCACUUCCUGGCAUUCCUUGCUGAUUGUCUUACGGAGCGGCCAUAUGACUAUAACGAGAACACUUUUUGGGCCGAGAUUACAGGGGCAGUUUGUACACCAUCUACUGCUCGAGGGGGGAUGAUUUAG